AUGAGACAUCUAUUUGUAACUCUGGGUUCUUUACAUGUUCAGCAACUAAAGAACAUAUCACCUUCAUUACUCGUGACGACUGAUAUUCUUUACUCUUUAUAUAGUAACCUUGUUGGAUACCCAUCAACAACAACUGGAGCAUUACCAAAUCCCGCACAAGCAGAGUUUUUCUUUCCCGAGUUGGUAGAGUUAAAGAUCUUUGCUGAAACGAUCAUGACAGAGUCUCUCAAUAUUCUAAAUUAUCUUGGUCCUAAUUCAAUUUCUCUUAAAGUCAUAGAAAUCGGAUCUGAUGGAUCAAUUACUACGAUACCAACAGUGAUUGGAAUGGGACUUCCCAAGUUAACUACCUUUCGUCUAGAGGGUAGUGUGAUCCAACAAAACCUCUCGUUUAAUUUUGGUCCAACCGUUCAAACGGUCAAGUUUUAUCUAAUGGGAAGAUUAUCGAUCGGUGCCACCACACCUAUACAUACCAACUUGGAAGACCUCUACAUUACAUUCAUCUUACCAUCCUCUGAAUCCUUUUUGUUUGAAGCAGCAACAUUCCCAAAGUUAUAUUCACUUACCUUGUAUCCCAACUAUGAUGACGACAAUAUUUUGUUGGACGUCGCUAUCAAUGCUCCAAUAUCCAUUUUGACAUUAUCAGCGUAUCAGUACACUGUAAAUCUUUUAACCCAACUAACUAGUUUCACAAAUUUACAUACAUUGAUAUUCACAUCUGCCUCAUUUACAGAGUUCCCCCUGUCAGCGUAUCCCAAUUCACUCAAAACGAUUCAAGCAUCAAGCGGAAACCUAACUACAUUCCCAAAUGUACCAUUAUCACUUACAUCCUAUCAAUUCCCAAACAACAAGUUACAAGGUACCAUUCCAUGGAAUAGAUUUGAUAAUACAAAAAACAUUAUUUUUAAUGUUAAAAACAAUCCUUUAAUAACAACAACCUCAGUACCACAAUCAUUUUGUUCUAACCGAUUGUUUAUCAGUGGAUGUCCGAGUAUUACAACUGUUCCAGAGUGUUUCCUUUGUUACCGAUUGAGUCCUCAAAGCGUUCAAACCGAUGUUAUUCCCGGUCCUAAUUUUCAAUGCAAUAUUGCUUUGGAUUCAACCAUGAUUUAUACAGUAAUGGGAAAAGGCAACGUGACUGGUAGUCUUAUAGGGUACGGAAAUACUAUAAACAAUAGAUACUUGUUAAGACCUAUCAUUCCAAACAAAUAUUUACAGUUCACGGAUACAUUAAAGCAAGUUGGACCACCAAGAACUAUCGAGCUUACAUUGGAUGCAAUGUACCCAUCAUAUGCAUACAAUUUCACUGUUUUGGAAAUCGGCAUUGAUAUGUUGUCACCAUGGUACAGACAAUUACCAACAGGCGUCGUUCAAUUCGUGGCCUAUGCCUUUAAUUUCAAUUCAUAUCUUCCUCAUACUUUUAAAAUUAAUGGUCGAAUUGAUUGUAUUGUAGAUGGUGCAAUUAUCCUUAACACUUACUUUAAUUGUAAUACUACUGGUUUAUCAUUUAAAAGAAAUGAUAUAGUCAGCUUUUCCAUUUCAAAUGGAUAUUUUUCACAAGACUUAUUGAUAGAUAUUGCCGCAUUUUAUCCAUCAAAUGUAACCUUGUUUUAUUAUGAUAGUUUAAUCAAGGUUGGUUCAAACUAUAUAUUUAAUGGAGAGUUUGGAAAUGGAGGUGGAACGCUGGUCGUUUAUUUCAAUGGUGACCCAUCUAUUUGCACAGUGAUGAUUAAAGACACAGAUAAUGUACAAUGCACCCAAACAAAAUAUUGGUCAGGUAUUGGUUUGACAAAUAUUACUAUAUCUGUCGAUGGGUUUUGGUCAGCUCCAAUACUUGCCAAUCUAUCAUCACUUGAAAGUUUGUGUAAUACUACUGGUUGUUCGGGUCAUGGUACGUGUGAUGAAAAUGGAAAUUGUGUUUGUAAUACUGGUUAUUAUUCUGAUAAAUGUUCAGAGAAAUAUCCUACUUUUAGAUCGGGAGAAUAUGAUUUAAACGAUAGAAAAUUGAUUAGUAUUUAUGGUGAUUUCGGACCAUUCAAUCAAACUAUUGUAUCAAUCACUUUGAAUAAUACUGAUUGUCAAGUUACAUAUAAAUCACAGUCAUUGAUUAAUUGUACAUUGGUCAGUGAACCAACUGAUGGUUUGGCUUUAGUUAGAUUAACUGUUGAUAAUUCAACAAAUAAUGGAAAUAAUUGGAUUUAUUUUAAACCUUCACAAUCACAGGGAUCAGGUUCUGGGUCUGACAGUGAUGGCAGUGGUGGUGAAUUAACAUAUCCAUUUAAUUGUUAUGGUCACGGUCAAUGUAUCAAUGGGAAGUGUAAAUGUGAUAGUGGAUAUAGUUCAAUUGAUAAUUGUUUGACAAAAACAAGCAACCACACAAACACACCCAAUACAACAUCACCAACAACAUCAUUUGAUAUCGAUGGAAUUGAUUUCCAAUUUGAAAUGAUUGCCAUUCAAGAAAUAGACACUGAUGAUAAUAUCAUCAACGAGGUAUUGACAAACAGUUGGAGCUCAACUAUAUUGACAGAUAAUCAAACACAAACAACAACAGUCAACUAUCAACUCAACAACAGUGAUACAACAACAACAACAGCACUUGUAACAGCAACGAUAUCAUUCUCACAACAACCAAGAGACAUUCAAUUUGGUUCACAACUACUUCACAUCGAUGCCAAUUCAAUCAAACUAUCAGUCAACAUUAGUAAUUGGACAUUCAACACAUUCUUGACAACACUCAGAGUCAUCUUCAAAACAACCAUCAACAAUGACCAAUCAAUCGAAUUUGAUUGUCAAGAUGUUAAUAUUGAUACAUUGACGUAUGAACAAUUGUCAGAGAGUAUUCAAUAUCUACGUGUGGUAAAAGAUAAUAUUCAAUUCACAGGUAGAUUUAUCGAUUAUGUAUUAUCAGAUGGAAGACCAACAUUCUCUAGAACAUCAAUCGUCAACAAAACUGACGAUUCAAAUGAUCAAUCAACCAUACUUAUUGGAAUAAGUAUGCCACAAUCAUCAGAAAGCAUCCUCGAUCCAGAUUUCACACCAUUAUUAAAUAACAAGAGCAGCGAUAGUGGAUGCGACAGUAAAUCCAAUACAUGGAGAAUUAUUGUUGGUGUCGUUGUUGGAGUAUCAGGUGCUGUUGCCAUAGGAGUAGCAUCGAUUAUAUUGAUUAAAAAGAAAAGAAUUAUUAAAAGACACAAUAAGAAUAUGCAACAUAAACUAUCGACAAUAUAUUUCAGCAAAUCAGGAUAUUGGUUAAAGUAG